UGUGGUUCCGGUGGGGUCGAUCACCACUGUAGCGUAGUGUGUACAAGCCCUAACGCAGCAUUCGAGACGUUGAACGCGCGCGAACCGAACGUAUCUCUUGGCGCCAAAACUACGUUCGAAAUUCAACUCGCGAAGUGAUUUAUUUUUAAAUUAUAACAGCUUCUAUAGACAUUUUUAUUAUUUUUACCAAGGCCUUAUUUUAUAACAAGGGUUUUGGACACCAGUUUAAGUGCAAAUAAUUAUUAAUUGGAUAAUUUUGUUUACAAAAUGAAACUGAUUUUGCGCCACUUCCAAUUGCCGGUAAUAAAGUAAAUUAAACAAUUGAAAUGUUAAAUUUCCGAAGUUAGUGUGCAAAUUAGUGGAUAACAAAGGAAAUUACGAAAAUGAAGAUGAUUUGGAUCUGUAUUGCGAAAGUUUUAAUUUUAUUACUGACGGCGAGAAUUGCUGAUGCUGUCCAGACAUUCGCGGAAUUACCGCGUUACACCGAGGUGAACCCGGGUGAAGACGCCUUGCUCAAAUGCAGGAUAUCCAAUAAGAAAGGAGUUUGUUCCUGGCAGAAAGAUAACAAGCCCGUCGGCAUCUACCCAGGGAAGUACGAGUGGGCGAACGAGAACAGCCCAGUGGGCGGAGACUGCUCGAUCUGGGUGAAAGCGGCUACUCUCCAGCUGGACGAUGGACAGUGGCAGUGCCAAGUCACCGCUAGCAACUACGAUGUGCCAGAUUCCCUAUCAAGCCCCCCAGCGACGUUAGCAGUCCGAGAGCCACCCCACAACCCUCGGAUCUGGUUUAACGGGUCACAGGUCAUGAACGGUCAGAACAUCACCAUCCCUGCUGGCUCCAGAGCUUCGGUGACCUGCGAAGCUAGGUUCGGGAACCCACCGGCUUAUAUCGAGUGGUAUUUGGAAAAAGAGCGCCUAACAGCCUGGAGUCAGACCAAUACGACAGAGAUGGAGAAGCCCCGGCGCUGGGCGGCCAGGUCCACCUUGGAGCUGGGAGCGACGAGGUCUGGCCACGGCAGGCAGCUGGAGUGCCGUGCUCACCACCCCUCUUACAAACCUCCUUACUACAAGAACUCUUUUGCGUUGCUUGAUGUCACUUUCAUUCCUGUGGUUUCCAUCCACGGAGCUGACCCCAGCAUCCUGGCCAACCUUGAAGAGGGAUCCAGUGCCUUAACCCUCGAAUGCCGAGCUGACGGCAACCCCAAGCCUUACGUGUGGUGGACCAGAAACGGCCAGGUCAUAGCUACCAACGGACCGAAACUUUACUUGGCUCCUGUUUCCAGGAAUCAUACUGGAAUAUACGGCUGCCAAGCGAGGAAUACGUUGGGCACAUCCGACUCAGUUAAAAUCGAGAUUGAUAUUAAAUACCCUCCCCGAGUGACGUGGGUGGGCCCGGACACGGCGGUGGAGGCCAACUUGUUCUCGCAAGUCACCCUGGAGUGCAAGGCUGACGGCAAUCCAGAGCCUUCUUACCAUUGGUAUCAUAACCCCACGUCAUCAGGCUACAUCACGUCUGUGGCAGACGACCGGUACCCCAUCUCGACGACCUCCCAGCUGCAGCUCCACAACAUAUCUUACGCCCAGCACGGGCAGUACACGUGCGUUGCCAUCAACCACAUUGGGACGGAGGAGAGGAAAUACGUAUCGGAGCCUAUCAGAUUGAACGUGCUGGGCCCUCCCAUCGGGGCGGAGACGUUCACGUCUCACGCGUGGAGCGGAAACGAGGCGAGAGUGCACGCGACCGUUUGUGCUGACCCUCCGCCGAGGAGGGCCACGUGGCUGUGGGGCAGUCUUCGGUUGGAGGUGCCUUCGCAAAUUGGUCGUUUCCGAGCGGCGGAACCUUCGGAAGCCAAUGGCUGCUAUCGGUACACCCUGCUGAUAUCCAGCUCGGGGGAGGCCGAUGCCAGGAUGUACGUCCUGGAGGUGGAGAACGAACGGGGGAUCUCAUCACAUGCCGUCACUUUGACUAUACAUGAGACGGCGUAUGUGGCGCCGAUCAUAGCAGCCGCUCUGGUCAUCGCCGCUCUUCUGGUCAUACUGCUCUGUCUCAUCAUCAAGUGUCGCCGGCGGAGAGAGAGCGUUGAAUACAAGACUGAUGAUUUAGAUAGCGAGAAGACAGUUCUGCCAGCGGACGCGGUUUACUCCCCCCGCGACCAGCCCCGCAUUCCCCCCCCGCAGUCGCGGAUGAUGACGUCGAGCGUGGCGGGCGUGGCGGCGGGCGCGGGGGGCGGCGCGGGGGGCGCGGGGGGCGCGCGCUACUCGCCGGGCGCGCUGCAGGUGCGCCGCGCGGCCGUGGUGCUGCAGCCGCCCACCACCGUGUGAUGCACAGGAUGCGCUCACGUCGCUGGAAAAAGAAGCCAAAGAGAAUGUCUACGCGGUCCUAGACCCGCACAUUCAAUAUGAGAUAACAAUAAAUAAACACGGGGAACCGCCUAAAUAUUUGUCGCUGUCUAAGCCCCUAACACACC